AUGACAUUAGCUACCGAGUUUGCCGAGACCACUCGUCGUUCAGCCACCCAAGCUGAUUUACAUAAGAGGGUUUUACAUUUAUAUCGUAAAUAUAUGAGAUAUUCUCGAGAAUUUUGUGAUAUUUAUGAAUUAGAUAUGCCAGUUGCUAAUGUUAAAACUAAGAUUAGACAAGAGUUUGAAAGACAAAGAUAUGUUAAUGAUUUAGAUGUUUCCAAUAUCUUAUUGGCUAAGGGACAAAUGGAAUUUCAAGAAUUGAUAAAUUUCUGGAAACAACAAUGUCAUGUUAUGAGAUAUUUCGAUGAUCAAAAUAGAUAUAAUGUGGUGGAUAAGAAUGAUUUCGUUAAGAACUUCUUAAGAGGUAACAACUAA